AUGACUAACAAGGAAAAGCAAAUCGAUAUCCAUGUGGAUAUUCCUAUGCUCAGUCCUGUGUCAUCAAAUCAGGGCGCUCGAAUGUUCAUUCUUUACAAAUAUUUUCCUUCCCCGCUGGACCUUUCGAACAAGAACGGUAAAUGGGCUUGCAGCCACCAGCUAGAUGAACGGUGUAAUAGUUGGCUUCUUACACUAGCUGCAUUCAGCUGCAUUAAUGAAGCGACCAUCUUCUGUAUCAUUGGAACAGUUACGAACAUUUGA